AUUAGGUGAUUAGUGAUCUGUGGUUGAGAAGCGACAACGAGAACGAGAUUUAUUAAUUUAUUUUAUUUAUUGCGCUAUGUUGCAAAAUUAAAAGUUUAACAAUAAUCAUUUUAGAAUUUUAAUAAAAAUUAUGGCUAGUAUAGAAUUAGAUAUAUGGCGCGGAGAAUGGGGACUAGCGUCAAUUGAUCUCGAAUGCCUUAAAGUUUUGACGUAUAUGAAAUUUAUCGGCGUUCCUGUUAAAGUUCGUGAGGCAAGUAAUCCAUUUUUCACUCCUAAAGGCACUCUGCCUGUUAUGAGAGACGGAAGGACUGUUUUAACCAAUUUCGAAGAAGUCGUCACCUAUUUGAAAUCUUUGCAUUACAGCACUGAUGUCCACCUCAACCAGAAGCAGGCAGCUGAAGCGAGCGCUUUCACUCAAUAUUUAAGAGACAAACUGUACCCAGCAUACCAGUAUGCAUGGUGGGUGGAUGAGAAGAACUACGGAGACAUCACACGCCCGGCAUACGCUAAAGCAUUACAAAUACCAUUCAAUUUCUACUAUCCCUCUAAAUAUCAGAGUUCUGCCAAGGCCAUGGUUGAUGCACUGUAUGGGGAACAUACUGAUUUGAAGGAGAUUGAGAAAACAAUAUACAAUGAAGCAGAAAAGUGUUUAAAGACACUCUCGGACAGACUGGGUGAGAGCGAGUACUUCUUCGGCAACCGGCCCUCGUCUUUUGAUGCGACAGUGUUCGCCUACCUCGCGCCGCUGGUGAAGGCUCCCUUCCCCAACGGGACGCUGUCUAACCAUGUCAAAGGGAUCGCUAACUUAAGCAGAUUUGUUGCACGGAUCAGUCAGAAGAAUUUUAGAAAUGUCACUGAUGAUUACAACCGGGCGAACUGUCAGAAGCAGUCGCGGGGCAGUCAGUCGGAGCGCGAGGCGGCGCAGUUCCCGCACGAGACGCGCAACAAGAUCCUAGCGGCCGUGUUCGCCGCGCUCGCCAUGACCGGCUACGCCGUGGCCAACGGCUUGUUCCAGGAGCUGAAAGAUUUCGAGCACUCGCAACAGUACAACGACAUGUUUGAGAAUGAGGAAGACGACAACUGACUGAGCGCCGCCCCCGCCCCGCCCCGCACCGCACCGCCGCCAUUUUGGUUUUGCGGAAAACGAUCGCACAACUGCGUACGCUAACAAAUGUAUUGUAGGUACAAUGUACAUGUUGUUUUAGUUGGUUUUUUUUUAAAAGACCCAUGUUAAAUUAUUGAAAAUUCAAAGAACAAAUUUAGAAUAGGGUAUAUCGAUAAUGUUCAAUGGUAAAAAUUCAAAUAUAACUAUAAAAGACAUUUUAAAUUCUAUUUAUUCCGUUGUAAUUUCAAUUUAAAAAGCCUAUUAGCAAGCUACAGAGGAUCGUUACAAGUUCAAGCUACAGAACAUAUGCAAUGAAUACAAACUAUAUUCAGGCUUCUAAAAAUCAAGGUUUAGUAAAUUGUAUUUUAUUGUAUGUAUAUGUAAUGUAUUAUAUUAAAUAUCGCGCGCACUGUGCGAUCGGUUUUAAACGUCUACAGACGUGCCAACUUGUCGGUCGCACCAAAUUUAAAUUGGUAGCCGAUGUUAUCUUUUUUUUCUUGUUAAAAUCUGUCUUACUGUAGACAAAAGGUAAUGGUACGUCAAAAUAUGCCAUAUGGACAUUUACCUUUUGUUUUUAGACAGCAUUUUAGUUUCAUCAAUAGUUAAAACUAUUAAAUGCUGUUUACACUUACAGCUUGUGGUAUUAGUGCGCAGCUACUUUGAACUGUUUUUGGUCCCUCGAGAGUUAUGUUCCUAUGUAUCCAAAAAGAAUUUUCUGUUGUUACAAGUUAUAUUGUAAAUAGCACUUUAGUUUUGCUAUCUUUAUUUUUCACAAAAUUUUUAGGCGCAUCUGAUUUUAUGUGCUUGUGAGCACUUUAAAUUUUCAUUUAAAAUUCAAACCACUAAGGAUUGAAAAAAAACUAUUUUCUUACCAUGGGUAAUUACGGUAAGCAAGUUGGGUUUUAUUAAAGGACCAUUGAGGGUCUGGACUUUAAAACCUGCUUCUUUAUCUAUGACAAGUAUUGACCGCUAUCUCACUGAGAUGGAAGUGGGCUUACUUGGAAGAGGUUCUUGUUUAUUCUACCCAUAUCUCUGUUUAAAUGUAGACAAGUCUAUAAAUGUCCUUGAUUAAAUCAGCUAUCUUAGUACCCAUAAAAGAGGCUACACUUACUUUGGGGCUAAAUCAGGAUGUGUGUAUUUUCCUAAUAUGUAGUUUCCAACACCACUUACCUUUUUUUUUCUCCUUUUCCUUUAUGUAUCAGAGAUCAGUCUCUGGACCAUAAUCCGAUCAAAUGACUGCUUAGAAUGUUAUCCUAUUUACCUCUGGUAUGAAAAUGACAAACUUUCAUCUUUUAUAAAAUGGCUAAAGUGUUGCCAUCGCUGGUUUCUUCUACGUUUAAUUGUCCGAUUUCUAAAACUGAACAUGUGCGCCUUGCUUUUACCUUAUUUACUUUAUUUAUUAUUAAAACAUUAUAAUUUUUGUUCUGCAUUGUGCUCAAACAUGUUUUAAGGUUUUAUUGUACAAACAAUUUGACUGGUUGAUGCAUUUGAAUAUAUUUAUAGUUAGAUUAUUACGGCUUGGACGAGAAUUAGAUGGUUGAAAAUGAGUGGUGGGGUUAUUUUGGAAUUAGCCAAAAAAGUUUGCGAAGACCAAAGUUGUACGCGACAUUACAAGCAAUUGAUGUAUGUAUGAGGAAUCUGUAGUAUGUUGCUAGCUUUAAACGAGCCCUUAUUUUCCAUAACAUUCAAAAGGUAACACAUAUAAAGCAAAUAUAUACUCAUAUUGAAUUGUGUUUAAAUAAAUAUAUCAAAUACAAAAACUCAAUAAUCACAAUCAUAAAGGGUAGGUACCUUCACUAUUAUGUUUAAGUGUUCUUUAGUUUUAUGGAAACGGAUUUUUUUAUUUCAAAUCUUGAGAGGAAAUCUUUUUGACGUGACAACGUCUUAUAAAUUGGUUUGCCGGGUGACACUUCAAGAAACUGUGUUACGCUCCGCUCACGUUAUGCGCUCACAAUGAGAGCGAGUGAGAGGCACGCGUCCUUUCCACUCGGGCAUGGUUAGCCCGCCUAAGCGCGAGAGAGACAGACAUAAAAAGUGAAAGGCACGCGUCCCUUCCACUCGAGCACAGUUAGCCCGCCUAAGAGCGAGAGAGGGAGAGAGUGAAAGAGAUAGGCAUACACACCGGUUCAAAUUAUGAAUAUUCACAUUAAAAUUAUUUUACCACUCAAAGUCGUUGUCACGUAAAACUUUCGCCCGUAUACCGACUUUACAGGCAACCAAUUUUUUUUUAAACAGUUUUAUUUAUAGGGACAUGCACGGUAGUUAUAAAAAUAUAAUCAUGAUUAUCAACUUAUUUGACGGCUGACUACAGGCCCAUGCCCUUAUAGGAUCUGCUUCUUAUAGGAGAAGGGAUAUGGAGCCCACACACCAUGUAUUGGACAAUGUGGGUUGGCGAGCAAUAUUAAAACCUUUGUAAAAAUGGUCAUAUCAGCGACAUUUUAAUUUAUUUAAUGAAUGUAAGACAUAAUUAGCCAGGCUCCCAUAGCUGACUUUUUAAUUGCAAUUUAUAUAUAAUAAUUAUUUAUGAGCUAAAUAUUAUUUAUUUAUGUUAUAAAAUUUAGCAUUUUUCUUACUUUGCAUCUUUAUGUUAAAGUACCUUAAGAAGGUUAUGGAGAAUAAGGCUCUUGAUUGUGCCUUAGUAUAGGUUACAUUAGUUUUUGUUUUAAUGACUGAGGUUUGGUUUGUUAGUUGUUUUACUUUGUUGAAGGCAUGAAUAAAAUAUUGUUCGUUGA